AUGGCGAGGAUUAAUCUUGAAGGUAUCUCGAGUACAGAUAGAGAAUUCAAGUACGAGGCUUUUUGGGGGGGUACCACCGGCAUUCGGCGGUACCGGCCAGAUUUGGCCCAGCCAGGGGCAACAUGCGCAGCUCUUGUUGCAGCGCACGAAGAAGCUGAUGUCUCGAGCAACUACCAGAAAGCCGUAGCAGCACACGGCCAGUUAGCAGCUUUGGCAGGUGUGCCAGCACAGCUAGCGGCACUGCAGGUGCAGCUGGCACCCUUUCUGGGCCUGCCAGGACAGCUGGCAGCGAUGCAGCAGGAGCUGGGGGGCCUGCCAGGACAGCUGGCAGCGAUGCAGCAGGAACUGGCAGCGAUGCGGCAGCAGCAGCAGCAGCAGCACAGGAACUCACUGCUGCGCCUGGUCAACAACCAUGCAACAUGGGGGGUUGAUUCGCUGGUCGUGCUCCACAAGGAGCAAGCUGGAGGGCUGCAACCCCUGGGUGCGCAGCCUGCUGUGCAGCCUGCUGGCGAUUACCCGGCCACUUCCAGCCAGCUUGGCGCGCUGAUGCACGCCCAGCUGGAUGCUCUGGCGAACUUCUACGAUGAGGACUUUGGCAGGGGUCCUGCAGCGGCACAGGCUGGUCCGGUCACCCGAAUCGAGCAGCGACGUCACUUGUUUGCGUUGUGGGUUGGCGCCCCGCACUGA